AGUUGUCGGGACCACCAUUGGGCAAGCUCGCACAAGCGCGAGUGCAAGAUUUUUAUCGCGCUCGGCUGGCUCAAGACGUUAGACUGGGAAAGAUACUCCGACGGACUCACUUUUAACAAACCUCAUACAACUUGGGAAGAGGAGCGGGAGAAGAGAUACGUCUUUGAUCCGGCUUGGCGAGAGGCAGCGGGUCCCACUGACGUUAAGCCAAUCGAUGCAUCGUUCAAUAUCGUUUCGGGUAGGGAGGUUGAGCUGAAUAGUUUGCUCUCAUCUAACAAAUGACACCUCAGGCGAAAUGCUUUGGGGCGAUCUACCAUGUAUUGUCAUGGGUAUGAAGUCUACCGAGCAUGACAAUCCAGCCAAGCAAGUCAGAUUAGACUCAGAUGGUGAGGGAACAAUUGUACAAAUGGGUUGGAAGUACCGCGUCGCAGCAAAGUCUGGGGUAUGGAAGGUUAGUGAUAUCAACCCACAUGAUGACAUGCCACCCAUACGCGACGUUCUUCAGGUUGCCCAAGUCUUUGGGAAAAGCGAAGAAUUCGGUAGGGAGCGUACCGGCUGGAUCGUUUAUCACGAAGACGAGAGUCCGCAAGCCCUCGUCGAGAAAGGGGUGGAGGUCGAUUUCGUUUCAAAAGACCCUUCUAUUUCUUACGUCAACCGGUACGAUUGGGGUAACCACAUGUACGACUGGGGCUACACCACCCGUACAUGGGGCGACAUCGAUCCAGACUCGGGAUGGGCGGCGGCUCUCGAACGACACAGACGUAGAGACAGGGUGCACAAGUAUCAGAUGAAGGAAGGGCACCCGGACUAUGAGCGCUGGGAAAGGCCGGGGUAUUAUCGCCAUAGGAAGAUUUUCCUCUUCGAUGCGGCGCACGGACCAUCGGUGGUGAAGUUCACGGCUAGGUGGGUGUGUCUCGUGCUACGUGUCUUUUCUUCGUCAGCUUCAUGUCUGACCUAAUAGACCCAAUGUUCUCGAUGGGGCUCUUGGACGUGGUGUGAAGGUCAGCUCGGACCAUCCGUCCUACACGCUCUAUGCGGAAGAGACACCGGUCGGAUGCAACUUGCAUAUUCCCUGUGGCCACGACUAUGAAUAUGGGAGAUUGUUUUUUGCGGAGAGUCGUUCGCCCAGAUUUCCUGAGGACAGAGAGUUGGUCGCGUUCUGGUACGA